AUGGCUUCUGAAUCCGAGGAGAAUAUCACCAGCAAUGGGGCGGUAGCUGAGGAGGUCGAUGCCUCCGGCGAAAACGCAGUAACAUCUCAUACGAACGGAGCAAUGGAUGAGGCCAGCUUUCUUCGCAAUAUCACAGCGGACAUUAGAGAUCAGGAUGAUUUGGAGCGCGAUAUCACGGCACAAGCAAAUGUUGCCUUAAUGGAGGCCGAUGACAAGAGAGAUCAGCAGCGUAUCGAGAAGCUGGAAUCCACCAAAGCAAAUCUCGAGACUCAGAGGACCAAAGAGCGACAGAAUUUAGAGAAGGAGCGCCGCAAUCCAUACAAGUCUCGCAAAAUACAGACGCAAAUCGAUAAACUCGAUCUUGAGAUCGAGCGCGUUACAAACGACAUUUCUGAUUUCCAAGCCCGGAUAGAGAAGAGACGCGAGGAGGCAGCAACCGCGGUUGAUGAGACUGCUAAGAGCAAGUCUAGAAGGCUGCCCGGCGAAACCAACCGAGAGUACCUUGUUCGCACAGGCAAGAUCACACCAUUCUCCAAUAUUGGCGGAGAGCGACCUCCUGGGUUCGAAGGCGACUUAGCCGAUGCUCUUGUGGAAGCUGAGGAGGAUGCGGCGGAGGAGAACUUCCAGAGUGAUGAGGAGGAGCCAAAGUCCCACCAGGUUUUACGCAUGCCUGGUUUCGCUGAAGAGCCUGAACUCAAGCCCACACCGUCAAGAGCUGCCACGAGCACUGCUGAGAGCGAAUUCUCUCUGCGACCCAGAAAGAAACGCAAGGUACAACAGGACGCUUCGGAUGAUGAUUUCGAACCGGAGGUCGCAGAGUCGCCAGAAAGCCAGUAUGCCUUGGACACUAGUGAAGAGGAGGCAACAGGUCGGAAGAGGAAGAAAGGCGCAUCGAAGAAGAAAGCAACCCCGGCAACGGGAGAAAACGUUGUGGACUUGACCGGCGUGGAUGACGGCAACGAGGCCAAGUACAAGGCUCGACUUGCAGAUUGGGUCAAGAGACGCAGUCGGGCUCGCCGUCGACGCGCAGAGGCUGACGGCGUGACGCUGGCGGAAGACGAAGAGGAGGAGUGGUUCAAGCCAUCGCCUGAUCAUCCUGAUCAUGUCUUCGGAAAUGGUCUCAAAUUGCCAGGUGAUAUUCACCCGUCGCUAUUUGCAUACCAGAAAACUGGCGUUCACUGGCUCGCAGAGCUAUAUGAACAAGGAGUCGGCGGUAUCAUCGGAGACGAAAUGGGACUGGGCAAGACAGUGCAAGCCAUCGCCAUUGUUGCAGCACUCCAUUACAGCAAGAAGCUCGACAAACCCGUCAUUGUGGUUGUGCCCGCGACGGUCAUGAAGCAAUGGGUCAAUGAGUUUCACCGAUGGUGGCCACCACUGAGGGUAUCUAUUCUGCAUUCGUCAGGCAGUGGCAUGAUGAAUCAACGCGAGGAUGACUCUGACAUUGAUGAUGAUCUCGUCGGCGGAAGCAAGAAUCGGGCUGCUGCCCGGAGAGUCGUCAAUCGUGUGGUCAAGCACGGGCAUGUCCUCGUGACAACAUACGCUGGCCUGCAAUCAUACAACGAAGAGCUCCUGUCCCAUUCAUGGGGCUAUGCGAUUCUCGACGAAGGUCACAAAAUCCGCAACCCCAAUGCAGAUAUCACAGUUGCAUGCAAGCACUUGAACACCGCCAACAGGCUCAUUCUCUCCGGAACUCCGAUCCAGAACAAUCUGACCGAGCUGUGGUCACUGUUCGACUUCAUCUUCCCGAUGCGACUAGGUACGCUGGUGAGCUUCAGGACGCAAUUCGAGUUGCCCAUUAAACAGGGUGGCUACGCGAAUGCGACCAACCUUCAGGUCAUGACAGCUGAAAAAUGCGCCGCGACUCUGAAGGACACGAUCAGCCAGUAUCUGCUGCAGCGACUCAAGAUUGACGUGGCAUCAGAUCUUCCAGAGAAGACGGAGCAGGUUCUUUUCUGCAAAUUGACACAGACUCAAUUGACUGCAUACGAAAGGUUUCUACGCUCUGAUGCUGUUGGGCAGAUCGUGACGAAGAAGCGGCCGGCCCUCUACGGAAUCGACAUUUUGCGCAAGAUCUGUAACCACCCUGAUCUUCUUGACGAGCGGUUGAAAAAAGACGAAAAGUACAACUGGGGAGAUCCUCAGAAGUCAGGGAAAAUGCAGAUGGUCAACGAGCUUUUGCCGAUGUGGAAGAGCUUCGGUCACAAGACGUUGCUGUUCUCUCAAACCAAGCUCAUGCUCAACAUUCUCGAGAAGUUUAUCGGCAAGAUGGAUGGUGUCAGCUACCUCCGUAUGGACGGUGAUACGCCUAUUGAGCAGAGGCAGGCUCUCAUCGACCGCUUCAACCAUGACCCAUCGGUUGACGUGUUUUUGUUGACCACAAGAACUGGAGGCCUCGGCAUUAACCUGACAGGGGCUACUCGCAUCAUCAUCUACGAUCCGGACUGGAACCCGUCUACUGAUAUGCAAGCCCGUGAGAGGGCUUGGCGGUUGGGUCAGACCAAGCCAGUGUCCAUCUAUCGGUUGAUGACCUCAGGCUCCAUCGAAGAGAAGAUAUACCACCGCCAGAUCUUCAAGCAGUUCAUGACCAAUAAGGUGUUGAAGGACCCCAAACAACGAGCCAACUUCGACUUAUCAGACCUCUAUGAUCUCUUCAGUUUCGGCGAAACUGGCCAUAGCAUGGCUAGCGCUGAUAGAAGCAAGCUUUUUGAGGGAGCUGAAGUCAAGUUCAACAAACAGGAAGCUCAGCAUGAUAAGCAUGAUAAGCCCUCCAAGGAUGCUGUGCCUAUCUCAUCCCUUGGAGCGAAGGCUGAUGAUGAAGUCAACAGCGUGAGAAAGCUGUCUGGCGUUGUUGCUGUGGAGGAGUUCCAGGAAGACAAAGGAGUUCACGACGAAAAGCGCAUGACAGAGAACCUCUUUGCUCGGUCGGUUGAUAGCGCCUAUGAGCAUGAUCAAAUCAUGAACGGCAAGAAACCACAGGCAGACAAAGCCAUGAAUCAGUAUGAGGCCAACAGAGUUGCCGCCCAAGCAGCAGCCCACCUUCGUCGAGCUGGUGAGGAAGCUCGCAAUGUGCCAAUUGGUACUGUUACUUGGACUGGCGAGGUUGGUGAUGGAGGUCGCCCUGGUGCCAAUAGACGUCGUGGUGGACCGAGUUCAUCAGGAGUGUUGUCAGGUCUGGCUCAUCGACAAGGGCUGAGCCAGCCCACCAGCGGAGCCAGCUCACGAUCAGCGACCCCUGGUUCAGACAAGAAUUUACGAGAGAAGGACUUCAUGCUCCUCAUCCAGACGUUCAUUAAGCGCCAGGGAGGAAAGGUGCCCAGCAAGAUGCUGGUGGACCACUUCAACCCCUACUGUCAAACGCCACGACAGAGUCAGGAGUUCAAGUCUGCGUUGGACAAGGUGGCUAACCUGAGCAAGGCCAGCACGGGUAGCACUGGUAGGGGCAUUUGGUCGCUGAAGCCUGGCUUCAAAUAG